CCGACCGCGCCGUAAUCAAGCAUCGAGAAUACUUCUGCACUAUGAUGGAAUUUGCUAUUCAAAUAAAAAAAAAGGCUGUCAGCAAUUAUUUCGUACCUCAUGAGACGUUAAACAGGAUCCGUCAUGCUGUCGGCUCUAGCCUCUGACCACUACCGCCAACAUCGCGUGAGGGUACUAAGAUACAACAUAAAAUAAGUGACCUGAUGGGACACAGGAGACUCUGCUGCAAGUGAUGUAGAAGCAAAAAAUUGCUGACACAGACAAUGUGGAUUGAUUCGUCAGUGGCGGCAUUUGCAACCCAAUCUACUCCCGCCUGCAGCGGGUCAUGCCACACAGUCAAGCAACUUUACCCUUGCGCGUCAGGCCAGCCUUCGGCAAAACCACCGCAGCUCCGCGAAUGAGCCUAUCAAAAUUCAAACAUUCAGCAUCAAAGUCUCUCCAGAUGAGCGAAGGCGAUCACAAGACAGAAGAGGAACUUGUUGCCACCAUGCACAUGGGCCGCAGCGACAUCGACCACGCGCUCGGCGACGAUCGCAAAUCUGAAUCGAUCUAUAUCCAAUUCAUUAUGCGGGAGAAAAGAUCGCCUUCGACGCGUUUCCACGAGGCUGGACAGAUUCGGUGGAACGAUCGAAAUGCUGACCGCGUUACUCAGAGUGUCAAGAACUGGAGAGCUCGUCAUUCAUUUCGCAUUGUGGCGUUGCUAGCGUCUGCACAAAUGAUGCAUCGCGUGUGUGAACACGAGGAAAUGAAGAUGAGGACCGAGCAGUGUUCGAAAUUGGAUCUUGAUCAAGGGAGAAAUUAUGUCCGCGGGGAGAUUGCAUUAAUCGUCCGUGAAUGCAACGUGGAUUGCACAAACAUCGAUGACGUUAGGCGAGAUCGAUUCGCUGCUAAGCGAGUUUGCACAGCUAACCGGCGUUUCCGCCCCAGCGAUCCACCGCGGCGGCAAGUCGGCACUCGAUUAAUUCGUCAUCUCAACCUACACCUAGGCGAGCCAACGCGCUCCGCAUUAAUUGGGCGUCUUCGAGCCGGGAGGGAGAACCGCAUGACGAACUACUGA